GCUUAGUUAAUUUUCGAAGCCGCGUGACUAUCGCAUAUACAAGUUUUGGAUCGGCAAUCGGCAUUUCAAUUUAUGUUUUUUUUAGUGAAAAUGGGAGAUUUUCAAGCCGGUCAAAACAUGAAUAUAUUCCUUGUUGGUGGAAUUACAAUUUUACUCUGUGUAAUAACACACUUUAUUUAUAAAACCAUCUUCAGUGACAAGAAAACAGAAGCAUCGUUUACAACAGAGAGCGAUUCUGGAGCUCAAGUUGACAAAACUGCUUCUGAAUCUGUGGUAACCGAAAGCCGUCCCAGUGCGAAAAGUAAAAAACGCACACCAUGGAAAGGAAAGACGGAGUUCAACCACCCUUGGCUGUUCAAGAAUCUCAAGGGUCACCCUGGCAACAUCCUUCAUAUGGACUUCUCUGCGAACGGCAAAUUCAUGGCCGCUACCUGUGACGAUGGUUCAGUUAUCCUUUGGGACAUCAAGAAUCUAAAUCAGAAGGAACACAAGAAUCUGCGGGUCAAUAUCGAGUACGAUCAUGCUUCCUACGUAGCGUGGAGUCCGGAUUCGAAGGCGUUCAUCGUGCACACGGUUCGGGAGAACCAUAUUAUAGUUUACAAGAUUGAGAAGAAAAAGGAUGGUGGCAUUGGUUCCGCAUCACCUGCCCUCGUAUUUGAUAAGGUUCACGAAGAGGACAUCGUCGGAUUCGGAAUUUCAAGCAAUGGAAAGUUUCUAAUGUCCUGUUCAUCUAAAACAGACAUGGUAAUUUGGGAUUUAAAAGGUCAACAGUUAGACAGACUGGAUACAUAUUUAAUGAGUACACACUCGGCGAAAAUAACGCCGUGCGGUCGCUUCGUUGUCGCUACGGGAUUCUCGCCAGACGUCAAAGUGAUGGAGGUCUGCUUCACGAAGACUGGCGAGUUCAAACACGUCACAAAGGCGUUCGAGCUAUCCGGCCACACGUCCGGAAUAUAUGACGUGGCCUUCGACGUCGACACCUCGCACAUCGCCACAAUAUCCAAGGACGGCACGUGGAAACUAUAUCACACAAAGAUUGAGUACACACGUGGCGAGUCGCCGCAUGUUCUGGAGACGGCCAAGUACACACAGACGGCAAACACCCCGCAUAUUGCGCUGUCGCCGAACGCUGAAGUGCUGGCCGUGUCCGUUGACAGCUCCGUAGAGUUUUACGACACCUACACCGGUCAGCUCUACGACACCGUCGAGAACAUAUACUCGGGUUUAAUAAACUACAUGUUUUUCGACGCGAGUGGGAAGUAUUUAUUCGUUUGCGGUGACCGUGCAGUUAGAAUACUCCAUAAUGUAUGCGGAUAUCAUACCACUAUAGCAAGCUGUACGCGACUUCUGGGCUCCAAACAAACUUCGGCCACUGUGGAACGUCUUAAUAAAACUAUACAAAGUUGUAAAGAGACGCUGGCGAGCUUCGGAAAGUCAGUUUAAUAAUAAAUUCAAACUAUGAAAGUCAAUUGUAUUUAUUUUUUUAAUAUUGGUUAUAUCAGUAAUUAAAUCCAAAAAUCUAGUACUAUCUUGAUUAUAUCUAUUUUAAAAUACUUCAUAAUGAUUUAGUUUAUAUGUUAUUAAUGCAAGUUAUUUUUGAAUUAAUGAAUGAAAUCCAUCUAUUAGUUACAUACAUAAUUGUAAUUAAAAUCUUUAAAUGCAUAACUUGAUAGUCAGGUCGGUUACAUUUUGUUAAGUGAUCUUAAGAGGAUAUCCGGGUGGUGUUUAGUCCAUACAAAAGUAUUCAUCGGUUUUUUUCCUUGUUUAAUGGCCCUAUCGCAAUAUGUUUUACGAUACAAUAUAUUAUUGUUAAAAAUUAUUAUAAAUCUACAAUUUUUUUUAUAUUAUUUUAAAAACGAGGAAUCUAAAAUAAUUAAAGUUGCUUGGUUAUAACCGCCACUUUCAUAUACCCAGGAAACAAAUUUAACAAGCAUAAAAAGUAAAACUACAUUCAGGUAUAACCAUAAUCCUUCUUAAAUAUCUUUUUAGAAAAUUAAUAGAAUCAGGCGUUAUAUUGCGGAAAUUAAUUAUAUUUAAAAUAUGUAUGAGGAAGCAGGGAAAUAUGGGUGUUGAUGAUUUCGUAAAUUUUUGGGAGAUGCAGAUCACUCGCGAUUAUCGAGCUCAAUCGUUCGACAACGUUAAAGAAAUAUAUCGUUAAAAACUAUUUUUGAAAUUACUUCCUGCCCAGAUAUCCUCUUUAUGAUAUAGUUUUUGAUUUUAACCUAUACUUUGUCAUUAAAAUGUCAUUUAACAUCCUUAUUCAAAUAUUGCAACGAGUAGGUAUUGGAAUUCAGUAAUUUAUGUUGUUUAAAUGAUAUUAAUCUGUAAGUCUAACUGGCUGGCUGCUCUUGAGUAUAAUUGUCCAAAACGAAAUCUAUGCCAUUUUUAAAUAUUUUUCUGUAUUAAACUGUUAAUGUAAGUGUUAUCUUCAUGAUAAAAGUAACUAAAUUGGCAAUAGAUACCACAUUGCAUCCGAUUCAUGGUUCCUAUUUAUUUUGUCUUUAUACUGUCGUAUCUGAAAUCAUAAAUACAGAUUUUAAUUUAUUUUACAAAAUGUAUGUAAUAAUAUAGGUAAAACGGUUUUCUUGUAAAGACUGCAAGGACAUGACCAGUGUUUAUACUUUAUGCAAAAAUAUGUUGAUUUAUGUUCUAUUAAAUGCUUGUACAUAAAUAAAUCUAUUAUCGAUUUAUAUGUUUAU